AUGUAUUUUCCAAUUGGAUGGCCAAAGUAUCUGAAAAUAGACGAAGUUUCUUCCAGUCCCAUACGUUAUAUUGUUAGCAGUUGUGAUCGGAUGCUGUUUGCUGUGAUCUCAGAUGACUGUCUAUCAUUAUGGUAUUCAAAGCCAUGUGUUAAAAUAGUAACACAUUCACAAUCAAAGAAAACUUUAGCGAAAUUUGGAACAUAUAUGGCAGCAGAAUGGAAACCAGAUUCCUCAAUGAUAGCUGUUAUAACAUCCAAUCAUCAUGUUGUUUUCUAUCGAGUUGAAAUAGACAUAUCAGUGCCAAAUCAUCACUGUUUGUAUGUGCAACAUGAGGGAAAAACACCUCAAAAUCCACGUUUCAAUAUAAAUGGUAUCCUUGAUAGCGACAGUGUUCCUGCUAUUAAAUUGAUAUUUGAAACAAGCGUGACUUUAACAACUGAUAUAGCGUGCUGUUUGUGUGUAAGAGAUGAAAUUCUUAUAAGUACUGUGGAUGGAUUUUUGAAUAGGUUAAAAUGGAAUGGCAAUAAAAAUGAAAAAGCAACUUUACAUUUAAGUGAUAUUCCAGUUUCUGUUGACCUUCAACAAUUUCGUGCUUCAAAAUUAACUGAAAGUGAUGGUCAUGCUGUUAAUAUGGAAUAUAGCCCAACUCUUGGAGGAUAUAGUUUAGUGUUAUCUAGUGGAAAAGCCUUAUUCCUCAUUCCACCGUCAACUAGAGCUGAAAGAGCUACAGCCCAUGCUGUUAGAGCUCAGGAUUUGAGUGAUGCUGUGACAGUAGCUGUUAAUCAUAGAUAUCGUCUUAUUGCAUUUGGUUGUUUAACUGGUGAAGGAAUUGUGUACACAAUAGAUGAAGCAGUAGGAGCGUUGGAAGUUUCUCAUAAACUUAUCAUAUCUAGUAAAGAAUUUCCAGAUGUUGGAAAUAUAGCUGGUUCUGUUAGUUGUCUAAAAUGGACUCCUGAUGGCACUGCCUUAGCUCUUACUUGGAAAAAUGGUGGCUUCUCUUUGUGGAGCGUAUUUGGUGCCUUACUUGUGUGCACACUUGGUGGGGACUAUGUAUUUCAGAAAGAUAGUUCUCUGCUAUACCCUUAUCCUGUCACCUCCUUAGAGUGGGGAUUAGAGGGAUAUCAUUUAUGGAUGGUGUGUGAAAGUGCUACUGAUUCAAAAUCACAUACUGAAGAUGACUUACCUUCUUCUUCAAUUGAAAGUUCCAAAUCAGAACUGAUUCAGUUUCAAUUUGUCAAGAGUGCGUUGUCAGUGAAUCCCUGUGUAGGAAAUCAUGAACAUGUAUUUCUACAAGGAGAAGAUAAACUUUAUAUGAGCACUAGUGACACUGUAUCUCGUCAUUCUCCACAGCCAAAAGGUGAACAAUCUAAUAUUGAUAUUGGUAAUAAAAAUUGGCAAGUUAUACCUAUAUCUCAUAAUUACACAGCAGCUAACUGGCCUAUAAGAUACUCAGCUGUAGACCGUGCAGGUCAGUGUAUAGCUGUUGCUGGUAAAACUGGCUUUGCUCAUUAUGCACUCUUUCACAGAAAAUGGAAAUUGUUUGGAAAUGAAACUCAAGAACGUGAUAUGGUUGUUUCUGGGGGUAUUACGUGGUGGAAAGAUUUUAUAUGCUUGGCAUGUUACAAUAUUCCAGGCCAGCAAGAUGAAAUUAGAUUUUACCCUCGAAACUGUAAACUUGAUAAUACAUUUGCCCAUGUCUGCAAGGUACCAUCACAAGUUUUGUUAUUGAACACAUUUAAAGAUACUUUGAUAAUAUUUUGUGCUGAUAGCCAUGUGAUGCUAUUUGGAAUUGAACGGAAAAACACUCAACCAAAUCCAACUGUGGUAGUACAUAAAAUUCAAGAAGUUUCACUUAGUAACUUUAUUCCUCAUCCGCUCUGUGUUGCUGGAUUAACUCUUACAUCUCUAACGUCUGAAUCAUUACUCACAAAGGCACAACAUACUGCUAAAGAAGCUGAAAGUAUGUUGCUAAAUGUCUCAGGAAAACUUCUCAUGUUUCAAAGAGAUAGAUCCGCUCAGUCAAAACCUUCAAAAGGUGAUGAAAGAAAACUUAAACCACUUCCAUUUUAUUCCCCAAGUGUGGUAGCAACCUCUGUAGAAAAUAUUUGGGCUACAUCAAAAGCAAAUUCAGGAAAAGUGCAAUUGAUGGAGGCACUGUGGCUUGGAUGCGGUGCACAUGGAAUGAAAGUUUGGUUGCCAUUAUAUCCGCGAAAUGAAGGCAAAGCCCACAACUUUAUGUCUAAGAGAAUUAUGCUUCCAUUCAAUGUAGAUAUAUAUCCACUAGCUGUGUUAUUUGAAGAUGCUGUUAUAUUAGGGGCAGCAUCAGAUGCCGUGUUUUAUGAAAACUCAUUCAGUGCUUCGCCUCCCUCUAACUUGGAUGGUGGUAAAAUAGCUCACUUACCAUUUUGUAUUUUAGAGAGAACUAGUCAAAUUUAUUUACACCAUAUUUUACGACAAUUGCUUCGUCGAAAUCUUGGAUUUCAUGCCUUAGACUUAGCUCGGUGUUGCACUGAAUUACCUUACUUCCCACAUGUUUUAGAACUUUUAUUGCAUGGUGUUUUAGAAGCCGAAGCAACAUCUAAAGCACCAAUUCCUGAUCCUUUACUUCCCAGGGUAGUUGCAUUUAUUCAAGAAUUCCCAGAAUUUUUACAAACAGUUGUUCACUGUGCUAGAAAGACUGAAGUUGCAUUGUGGCCUUAUUUAUUUUCAACAGUUGGAAAUCCUAAAGAUCUAUUUGAAGAAUGCUUAAAAGUUGGUGGAAAUCUAGAAACUGCAGCUUCAUACCUAAUAAUCUUACAAAAUUUAGAAAAUCCCAAAGUGAGUCGCCAACAUGCCACACUUCUUCUUGAGGCCUCUUUAGAAUCUAAUUGUUGGGAACUUUGUCGUGAUUUAGUGCGGUUUUUACAAGCUAUUGAUCCAAAUGAUGUUGAUUCGCCACCUCAUGGUUCAGUUAACCGUAUGUCUGGAUCAUCAAAUUAUCAGUCAAUACGUACAGCCAGUGUUGCUGGUGAUGCAAUUUCUAGAGAUGUUCCCAAACCAAAGGAAAAGCUCAAACAAACUGUGUCUGACUCAAAGGUUAUUUCCAGUAAAAAGCCUCUGCAACGUACCAAGUCCAAUGAAGCUUCAGCUGAGAAAGUAUACAUUGAUAUGAUAUUAUCUAGACAUGCCCGAAAACUUUUGAGUACAAACCAGAUAAGAACUUUGGGAUACUAUUCUGCCAAUAUGCAAGGUUUUCAGCUAGUGUCAUGGUUACGAAGAGAAAGAGUUCGAGCUGCUAAAUUGGAAGAUUUUGUGACUGCUGUUCGAGAUGUGCAUUCACAGUUUGAUUGGCCUUUACCCAUUCUAACUUACAACACAUAUCAUCAAAUGAAAAAAGACAUGGCUCUAUCAGUUUCUAGUUUAGCAUCGUCAUCUCUUCUGGAGGAGGACAUACUAGGAUCACCAACUUUUGCUAAUGGAACAGAUAGUAGCUUUGUUAUGUCUUCUCUUAGUUCCUCAGUGCCUCCACCACCUGACUCUUUUACAUGUAUGUCUCAAUCACAAUCUGAUGAUGUACUGCUCAGACCUCAAUUAUCAAAAACUGAAGAAAGUAGUUUAGCUACUAUGGAGAUCUCAGAUAGUAGCUCUUUAUUAGGUGAAUAUGAACUGGUGAAUGAUAUAGUUUUAGGAUGUGAACAACAAGAGACUCUCGAUCUGGAAACGAUGACGCAGGAAGCUGCAAAUCGUGGACCCCCUCAAUCAGAGAUAGAAUUACGAUAUUUAUUACAAAUAUUUUUGGAAGCAGGUUGUUUGGAGUGGGCUUUGGUGAUAGCAAUAGUUUUAAGAGAUACUCUUGGUGUUUCCAGAACUGUGAAUACUGCCAGUUUGACAGAUACUCAGUUGGAUAUGGUAGCUAGAAUGAGAGAAGGCUUGUCAUAUCUAGAACUGUGGGUGGAUACUGAAUGUGUUGGUUAUAAACCAUUCUUUCAUUCUAUUAGAAACCAGAUUCAAGUUUUAGCUAAGAUAAGUGAACAAACUGUAACAGAACGCCAGUCCUCUAUUUCUCCACGACAUUCUCCAACAUAUGAACUAGAAGAGGGAAAUUCUUCUCCUGUCAUACAAAAUAUUCGUGGUAAUGACAUGUUUACAGAAAAUGACAUUGAAAAUGAAGAGAAACAAAGUGAAUGUAUUUUAUCAUAA